AUGAAUUUCGCACCUAUCAGGCGGCCAAUGGGCUGUCUCAAGUCCGUCUUUCGACAGGCCAGACAGCAGAGGACUGCGCAGCGUAGUCUGGCUACCGCGGCCGUUGCUCCCACUGGUAACAAAGCCAUCAGCGAGAGGCAACGUGCCGCUCACGGAAAGGUGGAAAAGUUCGAAAUCUAUCCUCAGAUUCCAUCUAUCCGAUCUACGAACCCGGACCCGAUGCCCAUCCUGCGUCAACAGCAGCUCGCUCAAUUAGAUCCGGCGGGUGCCAGAACACGUCUAUUUUCCAAGGAUCACGCAGAUAGCGCCAAGGUUGGAGAUGUACUCAUGGUGACUACUCAGGGUGGCGAGCCAUUUUCAGGCGCAUUUAUCCAAAUCCGACGACGAGGCGUCGACACAGCCAUCUUGCUGAGGGGACAAAUGAUGAAGACGGGUGUGGAAAUGUGGUUCAAGGUCUACAGCCCCUCCGUUACGGGUAUUGAUAUCAUCUGGCGAAGACCGAAGAGGGCGAGAAGGGCGAGACUGACGUACAUGCGGAAGCCCAAGCACGACAUGGGCAGUGUGGAUAACUUGGUGUCAGCAUGGAAAAGGGAGAGAUAUGCCUUACGAUCCAAGUCAAAACAGGCCGGUGGGAAGAAGGCUCGGGCAUAA